AUGAGUAGUGACGAAACCAUAGUAGUCAUUGGCGCGGGCGUGAUCGGCCUCUCAACAGCCCUUCACAUCCAACAACACCUCCAACCCUCUCAAAAAAUCCUCAUCGUCGCCAGAGACUUCCCCAACACCACCUCGCUCAAUUAUGCUUCGCCCUGGGCCGGUGCGCACUACCGACCAGUCCCGGGGUCCUCCCCGCAAGCCGCAAGAGAAGAUAGCCAAGCACGCCGCACAUAUCAGUACUUCACGCAACUCGCCACCGAAGACCCCACGGCAGGAGUCCAACUGAUCGACGGCGAGGAACACCUCGAGUCCCCGCCACCGGAGUACCUGAACGAAGCCAACAUCCAGAACUCGUACGCGCACCUAGACGGCUUCCGACGCCUGGCGCACGACGAGACACCCGCCGAGGUGAAAUGGGGCGUGCGCUAUCGCACCUACGUGGUGAAUUCACCAGUCUACUGCGCCUAUCUGCUCCGCAAGUUCAUCCUCAACGGCGGCCAGACGAGGGAGUACACGCUCGUGGAUCCGCUCGAGGCGUUCGAGCUGGCGGGUUCCGUCAAGACGGUCGUCAACUGCUCCGGUCUGGGAUUCGGUGAUCCCAAAUCAUUCAUUAUCCGAGGCCAAACUUGUCUCGUCCGCAACCCCUGCACUGUAACCCUCACCCGCCAGAACUCAGACGGCACCUGGUCCUUCUGCAUCCCCCGGCCUCUGGGCGGCGGCACAAUCAUCGGCGGCACCAAGCAGCCGCGCGACUGGAACCCGACACCCUCGCUUGAUACGAGGAACCAGCUUCUCUCCAACGCGGCGAAAUGGUUCCCCUUUACGAAGGAGAGUGGAGGUCGGUUCGAUGUCAUCCGUGAUAUUGUGGGCCGAAGGCCGGCGAGGGAGGGGGGGAUGAGGAUUGAGGCUGUCUCUUAUUCACCUCUGACGCUGCCGACGAUCAUACGCUUGGGUAGACAUGCGGACGACUGUCCGGCACAACUUAAACGAGAUGCGUAG